AUGAGUAAACUUCCAUAAGGUCAAAAUGACAAUUAAUCAGAUAAUGGCAGUGUUAAUAAGAUUAGUGAUAAAUAGAAGAUUAGUACUUUAAAAAAAGCUGUUAUUGAUUUAAGAGAGGAAAAAGCUUAAUUUAUAAAAACAGUGCAAGAAUUAACAUAGAAAAAUAUUAACUUAACUUAGGAAAAGUCAGAUUUAGUACAGUGAAUUCAUUAUUUAGGAUGAAAAAUACAAUUCCAUGAUUAGAGAUUUGUAAUUAUAAAUUUAAACUCUUAACACGAUUCAAGACAAAUAAAGAAAUACUCUAGUAAACUCUAUCGGAUCUCCUAGAUCAAUUCUUUAAAAUGACCCAUUAAAUAAUAAUAACAAUUUCACAAAAUAAAUAAAAUAGCUUUAAUAGUAAAGUUCAUAUUUAUAAUAAGAGAAUUAAAAUAGAAAACAGAUGAUCAUGAAGCCCAACUGUAAAUUCUAUAGACUGGUUAUAAAGAAUUAGAAAGAGAUUUAAAAUCCAAAGAUUAUUAGAUUGAUAAACUUACUAAAGAAGUUGAAAAUAAGAAUGCUUUAAUUACUUAAUUAAGAAAGAACUUCGAUGAUGUUGAGAAAGAUCUAUAAAAUAAGAUUAAAAAUUUAACUGCAGAACGAAUGUAAUUAUAGUUAAAAUUAAAAACAAUUGAAAAGGAAAUUCAAUAAAAAGAAGAAGAAACAAAAGUAAUAUAAAAAGGAUUUGAUGAUUCCAAAUUUAGAAUUGCUUAACUAUUGAGUGAAUUGGAGGAAACAAGAGAAAAAUUCUUAUAAUACAAACUUACACUAAGUAAUUAAUUCUUAGAUAUUGAAUGUCUUUUGAUUCUAAGAUAAAAUUUGUUUCAAGAAUACAUAUUUGAGCUUGAAACUUCUGCUUAAAGAUUUGUCUAUAAAGCAAGUGAUAUUACAGAUCUAAAAAUUAAAGAUGAUCAGUCAUUUUAUCUAACAGUAAAAGCUAGAAGUAGAGAUGAAGUUUUUAAAUUAAGUCCUGGAUAAGAUAUAAAAAAAAUAUGUAAAUAAAUAAAGUAUUGAAUUAAUUUAAAGAAUAGAAACUUUUUGUAAAGAACAUAAUAAAGUAUUGCUCUUCAGUAAUCUAACUAAAUUUAGAGUCCUAAGAAUAAUAGUCUUUUUGGAGGAAUUAUAUCAAUGUUUGGAAGCGCUUCUUCAAAAAAUGGUAGCAAUACUAAUAGUGAAUAAAAAUAGAGAUGAGG